AUGGAAAGGACAACUCCUUUGUCUAAUAAGAACAAUGGUCCUAAUAAGAACAACUUAUCUUCACAUGACCUGCCUCAAGGGGACGAUUUCCACCAGUGGCUUCCAGACAUGGGAGUCAGAACUGCCCAAAGAACAAAACGUGGAGGCAAAGGCAGGAAAGCUCAAGCAGGUAAUGGAAUUGGAAAUGAAUCGUCCAUGUCCCGGAAUGUGAGCAAACUCAUUGUUUCACCUCCUGGAUUUAAUGGACAACCGAAAAAGGGGCACUUAAUAUUUGAUGCCUGCUUUGAAAGUGGCAACCUCGGCAGAGUGGAUUUCAUCUCGGACUUUGAGUAUGACCUCUUCAUCAGGCCUGAUACAUGUAACCCUCGUUUUCGUGUAUGGUUCAACUUUGCUGUGGAGAAUACUAAAGAAUACCAGAGAGUAAUUUUCAACAUUGUCAACUUUAGCAAGACAAAAAGCCUGUACAGAGAUGGCAUGUCUCCAGUUGUGAAGUCUACGAGUCGUCCUAAGUGGCAGAGGCUGCCCUCCAAAAAUGUCUACUACUAUCGGUGCCCAGAUCAUCGCAAAAACUAUGUCAUGUCUUUUGCUUUUUGCUUUGACCGAGAAGAUGACGUUUAUCAGUUUGCCUACUGUUACCCGUACACGUACACUCGUCUUCAGCAUUACUUGGAAAACCUCGACAGGCUAAAUCUGGACUAUGUUCAUCGAGAGCUCCUUGGCUUAAGUGUGCAACAACGAAGACUUGAACUUCUUACCAUUACCAGCCCCGUGAACCUGGUGUCUGAAGCUGAGCAGAGGGUCGUGUUUAUCACGGCUCGAGUGCACCCGGGGGAAACGCCAUCUUCCUUUGUAUGUCAGGGCAUCAUUGAUUUCCUUGUCAGCCGACAUCCUACAGCCAAAUCCCUCAGAGAUCACCUGAUUUUUAAAGUUGCACCAAUGCUGAACCCUGAUGGAGUGUAUCUGGGAAAUUACAGGUGUUCGCUGAUGGGUUUUGAUCUUAACAGACACUGGCAGGACCCGUCUCCUUGGGCCCACCCAACUCUAUAUGGAGUGAAGCAGCUGAUCCUAGAGAUGCACACUAAUCCUAAGACCAGUUUGGAGUUUUACAUAGACAUUCACGCCCAUUCCACCAUGAUGAAUGGAUUCAUGUAUGGGAAUAUAUUUGAGCAAGAAGAGCUGUUCCAGAGACAAGCCGUUUUUCCUAAGCUGCUCUGUCGAAAUGCGGAGGACUUCUCUUUUUCAAGUACUUCCUUCAACAGAGACACAAUGAAAGCUGGCACUGGCAGGAGAUUUCUUGGAGGUCUUCUGGACAACUCAUCCUAUUGUUACACCUUGGAAGUGUCCUUCUAUAGCUACAUGCUGGGUGGAACCUCCUCAGCUAUUCCUUACACCGAGGAAACCUAUAUGAAACUUGGAAGAAACGUCGCUCGUACCUUUCUGGAUUACUACCAACUGAAUGGCAGCAUGGCAAGGCACAGAGAGAAGACAUCAGCUGCUUCGAGGAUAUGUCAGCAGCGAACUGGAGGGUCAUCGAAAACUGGCAAGACUUCAGCUAGUAACAGAGAAAAUCCUAAGUUUACAUAG